AUGCUCCGCGCUUUCAUCUUGGCACUCGCCGCCGUUGGCGUGUCGUCCCUGCCGCAAGGAAAAUCAGAAGAUACGGUUCCAGUAGGGUUUGGUUUAUACGCCUAUGGCCCCGAGAUUGGCGGUUUCACUGUAAACUGUGACGAUGGUGGUGUAUUUUUGAACCGGACGGUCGCCCCUGGCACCGAGCUGUUCACCGCCAACACAUCUACCAAGACCAUCUCCCGCGCCAAGACGGGCGACAAGCUUGCCGUCCCUACGACCCCGGGCCCCGUCGCAUUUGUGCCCAAUCACGGGCCCAACAACGCGUCUUUCCAGACCUCAGACAUGACGCUCUUUGGAAACACGCUCUUCGUUUUGAGCGCAGGCGGACAGCUGAAGGCGGCGUGGACAGCUGUGCCGAUCGCCGAGGACUCCACGGCGUUCCGCUUGGGCUGGAACGUCACCUCGGAUGGUGCCGUACCCCUAGCUCUCAGGACCCUUGCCCCAGGAACUCGCAGCGGCGCUACCAAGCCGGAGACGAGUGCAAUCGCUAUUGCCCCUGCGUCCUAG